AGGGGCGGCGCUGCCGGCGGUGCUGCCGGUCCCGCUCCGCUCGGUGCUGCUCCUGCCGGGCCUGUGCCCCGGUGCUGCCGGGCCUGUGCCCGGUGCCCGCGGCCCCGCCAUGGGCAGUGCCCCUGCCCGGUACCUGGUGUUCUUUCAGUACUUUGGCACCAGGUACAGUGGGGUUAUGGAGACCAAGAGUGAUCAGGCCCUGGUUGGAGUCCAGAAUUAUUUGGAGAAGGCCGCGGAGCAGCUGAAGCCCAGCGCGCCCAUCAAGUUCCAGAUCUCGAGCCGCACGGACAGCGGCGUGCACGCGCUGGCCAACGCCGCGCACCUGGACGUGCAGCGCGCCGCGGGCCGCGCGCCCUUCACGGGGCAGCAGCUGCUGCAGGGGCUCAACCGCCACCUCCGGCCCGAGCCCAUCCGCAUCCUGAGUGCCCAGCGGGUGCCCAGCACCUUCCAUGCCCGUUUCUGUGCCCUCUCCAGGACCUACAUCUACCGCCUGCUGCUGGGCUGUGCCCACCCCUCCCAGGUCCCCGUCUUCGAGCGGGAUCUGUGCUGGGCUCCUCCCGGAGGGUGAGAGCAGCUCCUGGGACCUCUCUGCAAGGGAAAAUGGGGAUUCAGGGCUGGUGGGGGGGAAAAAGGGGAUUUUUGGCUUUGAAAAUCCCUGACAGGAGGGGACAGCCCCAGGCCGGGCUCUGGGACAGGAGGAGGGAAUGGCCUCAGGCUGGGGUUUGAGUUGGACAUCAGGAGGGUUUAAGGGUUCCAGGAGAGGGGACUGCAGUUCUGGGAGGUGAGGGCGAAGAGCAGAUCCUUCCUGUACCGCCAGGUGAGGAGGAUGGUGGGGGCACUGGUGGCCGUGGGCCAGGGCAGGCUGGGCCCUGCCGAGCUCCAGGAGCUGCUGCAGCUCCGCGACCCCCGGGCGCUGCCCCCGCACGCCACGGCCCCGGCGCGGGGGCUGUUCCUGCACAGCGUGGAGUACAGCCCCAAAGACCUGGCCAUUCCGAGUGCCCCGGCAGAGGAGGAGCCCUGUGGCCUGAGCUGAAGUGAUGCCAUUAUUUAUAAACUUAAUUAAACAACGAUAAAAAUGACA